AAAAUUGUUAAUUUGUAUAAAACAUUGGCACAAUAUCCAUCUCUAAAUAGUGCAAAAAUUUUUGAUUUAAGUGAAAAUAGAAUAUCAAUUUUAAGUGCAUGGUCUCAAAGAAAUUUGGAAAGGAAAACAAAUCAAAAAUUUUGUCAGGAUUAUAUUUUAGAUUCAGAACUACAAAUACAAUCUGAAUGUUUUCCUAUUGAUACUACUACAGAGCUUUUAUCUGAUUAUACUGAAGAUCAACAAUAUAAAGCUAUAUUAAGACAAACUACAAUUGAGAAUACUACAAAGCAAUUUAUUGAAAUUUGGGAUAAACAAAAACUUAUAAAAAAUUAUGAUUUAGCAGCAUUGGAUGUGCAUGGAGAUGUAUACACAGAUUCUCAAUUUGCUUCUUUUCAAUGGUCGCCGGAUAAAAGAAAAAUAUUAUACAUUGCUGAAAAAAAACUACCAAAAUCUGAACCAUUUUAUAAACAAAAACCAUGUAAUAAAGAAGAUAAAGAUAAAAAAGAAGAAAAAGAAAUAACAGUGGGUAAUGAAUAUAUUUACAAGCCUCAUUGGGGAGAACAAUUGGUAGGUAAAUACCGUCCAAUUGUUGCUGUCCUUGAUACAACAACAGACACAAUUUCAGUUCUCUCAGGUAUACCAGAUGAACUAUCGCCUGCUCAAGUAUUAUGGGCUGAAGAUAGUGAAAGUAUAAUUGGUGUAGCAUGGAAACAUGAACCAAGACAUUUAGGUCUCAUUGCCUGUACUAAUAGACUUUCUUGGAUAUUUUUAUUGAAAAAUGGAGAAUAUAAAAAUCUUUCAAAUGAUGGAUGUGCUGUCCAUAGUCCUAGGUUUAGCCCUGAUAGAAAAUAUCUAAUUUGGUUGGAAAGAGAAGCAGGUGGUGCACACCAUAAUGCUCACAGACUUAUGCAUCUUGAAUUUAAUUCUGAAAGUUUGAAGGUUAAAGUACUUAUAGAUAUUGUAGAAUCAAGUAUAUCUAUUCAAAAUGCUGAUAAGUUUUAUGGUUUGUAUGGUCGUUUACCAAAUCGAUGUUGGAGUAAUGAUUCACAAUAUAUAUUUUUAAGUACACCUCAACAAAAUAAUACGCGAUCUUAUAUUAUUCACACAAAAACGAAAAUAAUAACGGAGAUUCAAAAUGAUAAAAGUAGUCUUAAUAUUUUGGAUGUAAAAAAUGAUGUUAUUGUGUUUUUGGAAACUUCUCUCUUAGAACCACCUUAUCUUACAGUAGGAAGAUUUGAUUCAGAAACAAUUAACAAUGGUUUUAUUAAAAGAAUAAAAUUUCUAUUUCCACUGAUUCCUGGAUCUGAAAAUUUAAUGUACGAACCUUCUGAAUAUGAUUAUGAUAAUGACGAAGAAAUAAAACAUUUUAAUUUCAUUUAUUUUGGACCAAAAAGUGGAAAUGAUAAAUCUAUACCUUUAAUAAUUGUAAUACAUGGUGGACCUCAUUCUAACUAUGCAAAUUCAUUUAUACUCGAUUACUUUUUGUUUGUUUUAUCAGGCUUUGCAAUAAUACAAGUUAAUUAUCGUGGUUCUACCGGAAUGGGUUCAAAAAAUGUUGAAUAUCUUCAAGGAAAAGUUGGAAAUGUUGAUGUAAAAGAUUGUAUAACUGCUACAAACGAAGCUUUAAAAAAAUACUCGUGGUUAAAUCCAAAUAAAAUAGGACUUUGUGGUGGUUCACAUGGUGGAUUCUUAGUCGCUCAUUUAAGUGGUCAAUAUCCAAAUUUAUAUAAAGCUGUUGUUGCAAGAAAUCCUGUAAUCGAUAUUGCUGCUAUGUUCACUAUAUCAGAUAUUCCAGAUUGUCGCAAUACUCUGAAUAAGGAAGAAAGAAUUAAGUGUGCUGCUGAAAUUAAUUAUUCUUUUGAUGAAAGCAUACCAAUCUCAGAAUCAGAUCGAGUUGAAAUGUUUGUAAAGAUGUUUAAAUGUUCUCCAAUUAUUCAUGUUGACAAAGUAAAAGCUCCUACUUUAUUAUGUAUUGGUUCGAAUGACUUACGUGUACCUCCAUCUCAAGGAAAGUUAUGGUACCAACGUCUUAAAGCAAAUAAUGUUAAAACCAAGAUGCUUCUUUAUGAAGAUAAUCAUCCAUUGGCAUCGGGAACUGCUGAAAUUGAUAAUAUUAUCAAUGCUUGUUUAUGGUUACAUGAACAUGUUUCAACAUGUGAUACAGAUUUACAGUAAAGAAAAUUAUAUUAUAAUUUUAUAAUUAAAUAUAAAUUAAUAAUUAAUUAAUAAUUUUUUUAAUGAUUAAAAAACAAUUUUGUAUAAAUAUUAAAUUUAUUAAAUACUGUAUUUUUACAAUAUUAAAAGACACUUACAAACUAUAAACAAAA